UGCUGAGAAACGGAGGUUGGCCGUGCCCGGGGCCUUCUGGGAAUCGUAGUUCUGGGCUGGAUGAGGCUCGCCAGCCUCGCCCCAUCCCCUUCUUACGCAUGCGCGGCUCCGAGCUGGCCCCAGAGGUUCGGAGCCUUUGUCAAGCCCGGAUGGGAGCGCCCCGAGGGCCGGCCGGCGGGAGGACGGGGCUUCUCGCUGUGACGUGCCGAGAGGUCCAGAUGGAGGAGCGCGGAGACGGGAGCUCCGAAUCUUCGGAACCGGGAGGAUUGGGGAUCAUGGAGGCAGAUUGGGCCGAGGUGCCCGAGAAGAGAGCUACGUCUUUCCAGGAUUCUUUCUAUUCCCAAGAGAAGAGCACAGAAAAGGGAGAAGUGGCAGCUCUCCACCUCACAGCCAGAUCCCAGGCGUCCGUGACAUUCAAGGAUGUGGCCAUGGACCUUACCCCCGAGGAGUGGGGGAAGCUGGAUCCUGCACAGAGGGACGUGAUGCUGGAGAACUAUAGGAACCUGGUCUCGCUCUGCAUGAACACUUGUGUUUUCCAGUGCAUAGAAACUCCUUACCAGGCCCAGAUUCCUGCAGAUGUUUUAAGCUUCAUGUGGAGGUCCAUCUUCCCUCACUCCAGAUCUUCCUGGCUUCCAGUUUCCAAGCCUGAGAACUACAAUUUGGAGAAUGGAAAGGAAACAUUGAUGCUUGAGAGAAAAGUCCCCAGAAGCAGCUAUUCAGGUCCAUGAAUUUUCACAAGUUGAACACAGCUCCCGAAUCAAGAAACAACCUUUCCAGCACCCCUAGAAAUACCCUGUGCCCU